AUGGGCACCAAGUGGUUCAGCGGGGCACCCUUCGGGGUGCAGAGCCACAGGUUUGAUGUCUCCGCCGUCUACCCCGAUCAGAAGAAACUCAGCACCUUCACCGAGGCCCCCUACUCCAGGCUUCAUUCUGUGCAAAUGUCCCACAUAGGACCUGGAACCUAUGGCUACCAGGAGACCUGCUUCAGCAAGAAGAAACUCAGCAAGGAGGUGGGCACAGGCUGGGCCAGGACCCAGGAAGCCACCCGGCUGACCCAGCUGCCCCACUUCCAGUACGAGGCCAUCAUAAAAGAGAAGCGGUUGCAGAAGGAGAAGCUGGGGCCUGGCUCCUACAACCUCAAAGACUUCUUAGAACAGCUGCAGCAGAAACCGUGCAGCACCCGGGGGCUGCUCAGCUCGGGGGAGACCCGCUUCCGUGGCCUCGUUGGGAACUACUAUCCAGGCCCUGGAAAUUAUGGGGUGAAGGGUAACCCAUACACAAAGCUGGAGGAGAAAGCCCAGAACCGUUCUCAGGUCCUCAUGUGCAGGAUGACCAGCAGGCCACUCCUCUUGGCUCAUCAGGGGAGUGGUCUGGCACCAGGCACCUACUCCUUCAAAAGUGGCAUUGAGACCUACCUGGCACGAUCCAUGGGCACCCGCGGCCCCUACGACACUUUCUCCGGUGACCGAAGCAAGCCCCAGCCUUAUGGACAUUACUCUGUGCAGAAAAAAAAGCCCAGGGAACUGAUGACUUUUACGACCUUCGUGGAAGAGCUUAACUCGCGGCACAAUAAGAAGCGUGGGGUUUUUUCGAAAAUUCCUCGCAACCCGGAAACCCCGACAGAGAGGAUUUACUGGGCGACCCUUAGCCAGUGCCCCCGAAAACUAGCCACGUCUGGUCCCGGUUCGUGGCUUCCUCCAAAGAAGGAAUGCAAACACGUCAACCAGCCACCCUUCCUGCUGUCUUCCAAGCGGAUGGGCAUAAAGGCCUACCAGAUGAUUCCGGGAAGCUGGAACCCCGUAGGUGUGGGCCGCUACCUCAACACCUGGCUGAUGGAGACGAAGGACCAACGGCAGCGGUAUCGGUCCCUGUACCUGGGUGGAUCCAAGCGCUACCCCUCUGACCCGGCCUGGGACAGGAUCAUGCAGGAAAGGAUCACACCUUUUACUAAAGGGAAGUGCCCUCCAACAGUGGAUUACAAUUCAGAUCCUACUCCUUAA